GCCCGCCCACCUCGCGCGGUUGUCUUGGAGAGGGACGCUGAGGCGACGCCGCGGCAGGCGGGUCCUGCCUGUGGACGCGGAAUAGAGACCCUUGAUUCGGCCACCACCAGGGCGAGCCCCACAGAAUCCCGUCCUGCCUCCUUGCUCCCGUGAGUGUCCCCAGAGUCGCUGCGGACGGCACCAGCAUGUCGGGCGAGGCGAGCGCACCACCGGUGGCCUCACCCAGGGCCCCGCGUCCCGGGAUCCAGAAGUCAUCCGGUGCAGUGACCAGGAAGGGGGACCGCGGGGCCAAGGAGAAGCCGACGACCGUCCUGCCGCCGGUGGGGGAGGAGGAACCCAAAAACCCUGAGGAGUACCAGGGCACCGGCGUCCUCGAGGUGGACUUCGCUGAGCUCUGCACGCGGUGGGGCUACACGGACUUCCCCAAAGUGGUCACCCGGCCCCGCCCGCACCCGACCUUCGUCCCCUCCGCCUCUACGUCGGAAAAGCCCACCGUAGACGAACAGCGGCUGUCUGGGUCCUGCAGCCUCAACAGCCUGGAGAGCAAAUACGAGUUCUUCCGGCCCACCAUCCAGGUGGAGCUGGAGCCCGAGGACAAGUCCGUGAAGGAAAUCUACAUCCGCGGUUGGAAGGUUGAGGAGCGGAUCCUGGGUAUCUUCUCUAAGUGUCUGACCUCCCUCAGCCAGCUUCAGGCCAUCAACUUGUGGAAGGUGGGGCUGACUGAUAAGACCCUGACCACCUUUAUCGCCCUCCUGCCUCUCUGCUCAUCCACGCUCAGGAAGGUGUCUCUGGAGGGGAACCCGCUGCCGGAGCAGUCCUAUUACAAGCUCAUGGCAGUGGACAGCACGAUCGUGCACUUGUCUCUGAGGAACAACAACAUCGACGACCACGGGGCGCAGCUCCUAGGCCAGGCUCUGUCCACGCUGCACAGCUGCAACCGGACCCUGGUCUCCCUCAACCUGGGCUUCAACCACAUCGGUGACGAGGGCGCGGGCUACAUCGCGGACGGCCUCCGGUUCAACCGCUCCCUGCUCUGGCUGUCCCUGGCCCACAACCGCAUCCAGGACAAGGGCGCCCUGAAGCUGGCCGAGGUCCUGCGCCCCUUCGAGCUGACGCACACCGAGGUGGUGGAGCGCCGGCGCCUCCUGCUGGAGAAAGGUUCGCAGGAGCGCUCGCGAUCGCCUUCCACCUCUCGACAUGGGGACUCCAAAACAGAGCGUGAGAAGAAUCAGCUGAUGGGGGUCAGCAGUUUUGCAGUGGUGGAGAAAGACAAGACGCAGACAACGAAGACCCCUAAGGGUCUGGGCAAGAAAAAGGAAAAGUCCGGGGAAGUGGUGAAGAAAGAGGAGAAGUCAGGGUCUGGGCAGUUACCCACACAAGGAACCCCUAAGAAAGAAGACUCCACAAAGGCAGGCAAGGGGAAGGUAACCAUCCCUGAGCAGAAGCUAAGCAAGGGAAAAGGGACCAAGACUGGGAGCAAAGAGAAGCGCAGCAUCCUCCUGGAGUCGGAGCACCUGGGACAAAACCUGGACUGUAGCCGGCCCUCAAAAUAUCUGGUUGGGGAAACUAGUGAGAUGGUCAGCCCUCUCCUGGAGCCCGUGGAGCACCGAGAUGGGAAAGUUUUCAUGCCUGGGAACAAGGUCCUUUUGCAUCUCAACCUCCUCCGAAACCGCAUCACGGAGGUGGGGCUAGAGGCCUUCCUCACCACAGUGCAGUACCAGGCACAGUUCUCCAAGUCCAAGAGCGCGUCCAAGGGCCCCGUGGGGCUGCUGUGGCUGUCCCUGGCGAAAAACUGCUUCUCCCCACAAUGUCCUGCGUACACCACGAUCCAAGAGCUGAUGCUGCCAAGGGACCCUGUCAGUAAAGCCAAGCACAAAGAGGCAGCGGCUGUGGCUCCCUCCACCUAGUCCCCUCCCACCUUCUUCCCAGAGAUUCUGGGCCACGGAAGCAUCUCCUUUCCACGUGUGGGUUGGACCUCCCAGGGGAGAGCUCAGAUCAUUAACAAAGUCUAUUGCUGUACUUUUUUC